CUUUUGAGAUCAUGGCCUACUAUGACGUCCUGGGGCCGGCACCCUCCACAGAUUUAAAACUCCACCUUUACCGCAAACUGUACCUCUGUAAUGACCGUGAUGUGGCACAGCUGUGUGCCUUGGCCCUGUUGCCAUACCAAGUGGAUUUUGUCAAGGCAUCUGUGGUGAGGGUGAAGGAGCUCAUUCGUUUAAUGAUACAUUGGUUCAAGACAUCAUUUGCCAAGUCCACCGAGGAAAAUAAGUUCCGCAGACUUCCCUCCUCUUACACAGUGGAGCUCCUCACAAUUCACAUCUGGGAACUGGCAGGAAAGCCGCUGGUGUUCAGCCUGGUGCAGGGAAUGAGGGCGGUCCUCAAACUUCUGGUUCGAUACGCAGAAAUCGAUGUUGUUUGGCACAGACACUACCAUCCCAAGUCCCCCAUUUUUGUAAAGGCUAACCAGAAACACACCAGGCCAUUCAUUUUAGACCCUGUAAAUCCCACUGUCAAUGUGUGUGACACCUGCAACGCGUGGGAUGAGGUGGCCCUGGUGGCCACGCACAGCCUGUCGAAGCCUCUUCUCAGCAGAGUGAGCGCUGAGCCCCCUUGGCUUUUCACAAACAACUGGUAAACUGGACAAGGAACUACUCUCCUUAGAUUUCUGAGGGAAGGGCAGAAAGCGAGGGAAACGCAGAA